AUGGGAGGAUUUGAUCCUCAACAGAUCCAGAGCGUCCUAACGGAUGACAGGAUUUUACAUAGCAAGUUCCAUUUUAAUGCAUUUUAUUUCUCUUAUCAGGGUGCUAUUGUAGCUGUAACUGGUGAUGGUGUCAAUGAUUCUCCUGCUCUGAAGAAGGCUGAUAUUGGUGUGGCUAUGGGUAUCGCUGGAUCUGAUGUAUCUAAACAGGCUGCUGACAUGAUCCUCUUGGACGACAACUUUGCCUCAAUUGUCACUGGAGUAGAAGAAGGACGUCUGAUCUUUGACAACUUGAAGAAGUCUAUUGCCUACACGCUGACUAGUAAGAUCCCUGAGAUGUCACCCUUCCUCUUUUUUGUCCUUGUGGGUAUUCCUCUACCUUUGGGCACCAUCACCAUUCUCUGCAUUGACCUGGGCACUGACAUGGUUCCUGCGAUCUCACUGGCCUAUGAAACUGCUGAAAGUGACAUCAUGAAGAGACAACCCAGAAAUGCUGAAAAAGAUCGGCUGGUGAAUGAGAGGCUCAUCAGUAUGAGCUAUGGUCAAAUUGGUAUGAUGCAAGCAGUUGGUGGGUUCUUUACUUACUUUGUAAUUCUUGCUGAGAAUGGAUUCUUGCCUAAAGAUCUGGUGGGAAUUCGAAUUGGUUGGGAAGACAGAUUUGUCAGUGACUUGGAAGACAGCUAUGGCCAGCAAUGGACCUAUGAGCGCAGGAAGAUUGUGGAGUAUACAUGCCACACAGCCUUCUUUACCAGUAUUGUGAUUGUGCAGUGGACUGACCUGCUCAUCUGCAAGACCAGGAGGCUUUCCAUCUUUCAACAGGGAAUGAAGAAUAGAGUCCUCACCUUUGGUCUGUGUGUGGAAACCGCUCUGGCAGCAUUCUUAUCCUACUGCCCAGGCAUGGAUGUUGCUGUCCGGAUGUAUCCAAUGAAACCACUGUGGUGGUUCUGUGCUAUGCCAUAUUCACUGCUCAUUUUCAUCUAUGAUGAAGUUAGAAAAUACAUUCUUAGGCAGAACCCAGGAGGCUGGGUGGAACUAGAAACAUACUACUAAGACACCACACUUCCAUUGGGAACGUGCAAGGAGACAUUCAUUUUGAUGUUUUCAAAGUGAUAUAAUGUCUAUUAAAGUCAAUAAAUGUGUCAGAUUAAAUGA